AUCGCUUUUUAAAUCGCAUUAGCAGAGAUGGCGAGCAACGCAGAGCCGAGAACCGGAGAGGAGGAGAUGGACUUGGAAGUCACAAAUGAAGACAAUGAAGACUCUUGGAUUCUCGACUAUCUCAUCCGGAUUUUCCUGUUCUUCUUUAAUCCGAUGACAAAUGAAGUUUUGGGACUGAAGAUCAACGCCUGGGUUUCGAUGUUUCUGCCCGUUCUCGCCAUCGUCACUUAUAUCCAGAUCAACGCCAUGAAUCAGUUGGCACAAAUAUGCAGCUAUUACUACUGGAGAAUUCGCAACUUGGAAGAGGCAAAUUCAGACCUGUUGGGAAUGCUGGACAUCUUCCGCGACAAUUAUCCAGAUAUUUAUGCCGAACUUUUUCCCGAGAGUGCUUAGUUACUUAUGAAUACAUUUUAAUUAUC